CCGCUGUUGAGAAGCAAUGCUUUCCCGAGGCAGAACUUAACACUUUGGCUCCUUUGUCUUCUGUGGUGACAUGCUUACCUGCCUGCUAGCUUGAAGCCCCAAAAUUAAAUGGGCAUGUUUGGAGAUCACAUCCGAGGUAUAUAUAUUAGUGCAGGGGGUUGCAAUUUGCAAGCAUUCCUCCAAUCAGAAACUCUUAUCUCCCUCUCUGUGAUUCUAGCAAUUCCUACUUCUAUGAGGUUUGAUGCUCCAAGCUUUUCAGUGGAAGAUGGUUCUAUCUUUCGGGCAUAGGUCUGGGAGUUUAUGUCAGUGAGUGAGUGAGGCCAAAGCCGCUUUAGAUAAAUAGAUAAUAGUGAGCUGCAAACUGGGGGUUAACGCUUUUACAGGGCUCAAAGCAGAGGAGAGAGUGGCUGGUUGGACUUUCCAUACAAAAUUAUCUUCAGCACAUGACAGUUGGAAGAUGAAAAAUGGGGGGAAACCCAGGAGAGGAUUGUUAGGAGGUCACAGACGGAAAAAGAGAAACCAGAAGAGACUAAAACCUGGAGCAGAAGGGAAGAGCAGGAGUGGAUCACCUGCUGUUCAGCAUGAAAUCCAAAACAUAAUGAAUCAAGGAAGAGAGAAAAGCCUGUGCCCUCCUCAUAGGAAAGGCUUGAGUCUUGAGCCAAGCUUUGAACCUCAGUGGGAAAUGCACACAGAGGAGAAACAAUGUGAGAGCUUGGAGUGUGGAAAUGGCUUCAGCAGGGGUGAAGCUCUUACUCUGCACCAUAGAACCUUCACUGGGGAGAAGACACAUAAAUGCUCUGUGUGCGGAAAGAGCUUCAGCCAGAGUGGACAUCUUAAAAAACAUCAUAGAACCCACACUGGGGAGAAACCAUAUGAAUGUUUGGAGUGUGGAAAGAGGUUCAGCCAGAGUGGACAUCUUACAUUACACCAUAGAACCCACACUGGGGAGAAACCAUAUGAAUGCUUGGAGUGUGGAAAGAGGUUCAGCCAGAGUGGGCAUCUUACAUUACACCAUAGAACCCACACUGGAGAGAAACCAUAUGAAUGCUUUGACUGUGGGAAGAGAUUUAGGGACAGUGGGCAUCUUACAUUACACCAUAGAAAUCACACUGGGGAGAAACCAUAUGAAUGCUUGGAGUGUGGAAAGAGCUUCAGCGUAAGGGAAGCUCUUACAGUACACAAUAGAACCCACACUGGAGAGAAACCAUAUGAAUGCUUGGAAUGUGGGAAGAGGUUCAGCCAGAAUGGACUUCUUACAUUACACCAUAGAAGCCACACUGGGGAGAAACCAUAUGAAUGCUUGGAGUGUGGGAAGAGCUUCAGCCAGAGUGGACAUCUUAAACAACAUCAUAGAACCCACACUGGGGAGAAACCAUAUAAAUGCUUGGAGUGUGGAAAGAGCUUCAGCCGGAGUGGAGAUCUUACAUUACACCUUAGAACCCACACUGGGGAGAAACCAUAUGAAUGCUUGGAGUGCGGAAAGAGCUUCAGCAUAAGGGAAGCUCUUACACUACACCAUAGAACACACACUGGGGAAAAACCAUAUGAAUGCUUGGAGUGUGGAAAGAAGUUCAGCCGGAGUGGACAUCUUACAUCACACCAUAGAACCCACACUGGGGAGAAACCAUAUGAAUGCUUGGAGUGUGGGAAGAGGUUCAGCCAGAGUGGACAUCUUACAUUACACCAUAGAACCCACACUGGAGAGAAACCAUAUAAAUGCACUGAGUGUGGAAAGAGCUUCAGGAGCAUUGGAGCUCUUACUUCUCACCAAAGAACCCACUCGGGAGCUAAACCAUAUGAAUGCUUGGAGUGUGGGAAGAGCUUCAGCCAGAGUGGAGAUCUUAAAAACCAUCAUAGAACCCACACUGGGGAGAAGCCACAUGAAUGCUUGCAGUGUGGAAAGAGCUUCAGCCAGAGUACAAAUCUUGCAUCACACUGUAGAACUCACACUGGGGAAAAGCCAUAUGAAUGUUUGCAGUGUAGAAAGAGCUUUAGAAGUGGAAGAUACCUUUCAUUACACCACAGAACCCACACUGGGGAGAAACCAUAUGAAUUCUCGGAAUGUGGAAAUAGCUUCAGUCAGGGUGGACAUCUUAAAUGACAUCAUAGAGCCCACCCUGGAAAGAAAGCAUAUGAAUUCUCAGAGUGUGGAAAGAGCCUUAGCAGGAAUGACACUCUUAGUUUACACCUUAGAACACAUACUGGGUAGAAAUCACAUACGUGUUUGGAAUUUGGACAGAGGUUCAGCAGGAUUGAAUCCUUUACUAAGCAUCAUAGAAUCCACACUGGGGAGAACCCAUUUAAAUUGCUUUGUGUGUGGCAAGAUCUUCAGCUGGAAUGAUUAACUUCUUAUACAUCAUAGAAACCAUGCUUGCAGUGUGGAAAGAUCUUCAGGAGAAAGCAAUUCCUUAUUGCACAUGCGCCAACUCACACCUUUAUAAAUCAUAAACAUGAAACUUCAGACAAGCCUCGGAAUCUUUCUCAUUUGUGUGAAAUAUGAAACCUAAGAUUUCUUCGUUUGAUUCCAUUUGCUUUUACCUUUGUUGCUUUUGUAGUAUCUUGGGAACCAGUGUUGGCAGAUGUGAUUUUGUGUCUCUGUUAUGUACAAAUCUGCAUAAUUGGUUCAAAUUAAUUAAUGAAUAUUACUGUU